UUGUGACCACUCUGCGUCGCUAUUUCCAUUUGUGCAGUAUCUCUGUUCUGUUUGAAAGCAAUGGUGGCGUCGAAGUCGUGAGGACUGGUCGUGAAAACAAAGCUGCUUACCCUGAUCCCAUACUAAAAAAAAUAAAAGUACAAACGUGCAGCUUUGAAUAAGCAAACAUGGAUUCGAAGCCGCCGCAGAAGAAUAUGUCCAUGAAGGAUCUGAAGGCUUUGGCGACCAAGCGACUCGGUGUCUUUGCCAUAAAACAUCUUCCCAAGGACACAAGCUACGUUGUUGGACUAAGUCAAUCCAUCACAAACAACAAAAUAGCUGCAGCAUCAUCUGACAACAGCAUUUACCUGUAUGAUGAGUACCUCAUGCAGAAGGGCAUUCUGCAAGAUAAGAUGAAGGAGGUGACAGGGGUGCGCUUUAGCAUCUCCAACCCGAACCUGGUGUACAACUCGUGCAGGGACGGCAGCGUCCGUGUCUGGGACCUCCGAAACAUCCGACACCCAGUCUCCAAGUUUGUUGCCAACACAGAGGGGAAGGUGAAGCCGUUGUCAUGCUUUGACUUCAACUGCAACGAGCAGUUUUUGUGUGCCGGCACGGACCUCUACGAUGAGAAUUCAUACCUACUUUUCUGGGAUUUCAGGAGCAACAAAAUCCUCGGUGGCUACUGGGACUCUCAUAAUGAUGACAUCACUCAGAUCAAGUUCCAUCCAUCGAAGCCCAACUGCAUGGCCUCGUCCAGCAUGGAUGGCCUGGUGAACCUGUUUGACAUCAGCCAGACUGACGAGGAUGAUGCGCUACAGACCACCCUUAACUGCAACUGCUCUAUUAACAAGAUGCAGUGGGUGAGGCAUCGGACUGGUGAGGAGCUGAUUUCGGUCAUCACUACAGAUGAAGUGGUUCAGAUUUGGAGUCCUGAUGAGGUUUCUGCCAGAAAAAUCAUUACCAGAUCAGACUUGACUUCUAUGUUCAGUGAGCCAGUUCGAGUCGAUCAUAUUGUGGAUAAUGUCAUGUUUGAGGACAAGAUGUACAUCACAGCUGGCUCUUCAAAGGGUCUCUGCCUUCUGUGGAAUGUAACAGACCAGCCCGAGCUCAUCUCUGUUCUUUGGCGUGGGCACAGGGAUUUGCCAAGAGUUUCGGCAUUGACCAAGUACUUCGUGGUUACUGGUGCAGAGGAUGGCAAUGUGUGCAUCUGGAGGCCGGAGACUGAGUGUCCUCCACAGGCAGAAGAGGAAGAGUCUGAAGACGAAGCUGAGGACAACUCUCGGGCCAGUGCUGAUAGAGAUGACAAGUCUGAUCAUUCUCGUGAUUGGUCACGGUCAAAGAGCAGGUCACGGUCUCGUAGCCGAUCACGGGGAAGGUCACGUGAUCGUUCAAGAGACAGAUCACGUGAUCGUUCAAGGUCGAGGUCAAGAGGUCGUUCUAGGGGGCGAUCUAGGGACAGAGGCAAGUCACGCGACCGCUCCCGUGAGAGAUCGCGAAGCCGUUCGCGUAGGCGUUCAAGGGGGCGAUCAAGGGAUAGAUCGAGGGAUCGGUCCAGAGAUCGAGGAAGGUCACGUGGCCGUUCAAAGGGAAGGUCAAGAGACCGCUCUAGAGCUAGAUCAAGGGAUCGCUCCAGGGGUAAGUCACGGGACCGCUCCAGAGGUAGGUCACGGGACCGCUCCAGGGGUAGGUCACGGGACCGCUCCAGGGGUAGGUCACGGGACCGCUCUAGGAAGAGGUCAAGGGACCGUUCCAGGAAAAGGUCCCGAGACCGGUCCAGGGGAAAGUCAAGGGACCGGUCCAAGGGGAGAUCAAGAGACCACUCUAAGGAAAAAGCAAGGAACAGAUCAAAAGAUCGCACUAGGGAGCGAUCCAGAGAUCGCUCCAGGGGAAGGUCAAGGGAUCGUUCACGUGAAAAGCACAGGUCAGACAGGGAUCGGUCUAAGGAAAAGUCAAGCCGUUCAGACAAGGACAAAUCUGAUCGCAGCCGUUCGGACAAAAGCAAAUCCGACCGGGAAAAAUCUGAUAGAGAUCGGUCAGACAGGGACAGGUCAGAGAAGGAUAAGACAGAGAAUGAUAAGUCAGACAGAAGCAAGUCUGACAGGGAGAAAUCGGACAAAGACAGAAGUGACAGGAGUCGGUCAGAUAAGGGUAAGUCUGACAAGGACAGAUCCGAUCGAGACAAGUCGGACAGAGACAAGGAAAAAUCUGACAGGGAUAGCAAGUCUGACAGGGAUGGUAAAUCUGACCGUGAUAGCAAAUCUGAUCGUGGUAAGUCUGACAAAGAUCGUUCAGAGAAGCCUGAGAAAGGAAAGUCUGAGCCUGACCGUUCUAAAGAUAGGUCUGAUAUCAAGGAAAACAACAGUUCAGAGCGAAACAAAACAUCGGACCGUGACAAGUCUGACAAAGUAGAUGGUGAGAAGCUAGAGAGAGAAAAUUCACACCGAGACAGGUCUGAUGGUGAAAGCAAGUCUGAUGGAGACAAGUCUUCAAGCAAGUCUGACCGAGUAGAAAAGUCAUCUUACAAGGCGCCUUCAUCAGUGAAAGAGAAGUUGAGCUCAUCACACAAUAGCAAGCCGUACUCAAGAUAACCGCCAAGUGAUCAGCGUUGGAUGUGAUGCUUGUUUCAUUCAUGAAUCACUUUGUUGUCUGCAUUUUGUUUUUUUUUUUUUCAAAAGAAACUCACAUGGUCAUGAUUUUUCAUGUACUGCUGUCCAUUUCUUGGGAGUCUUCUGUUCAUCCCUCUUUUUUUUCUCCCUGGUUACUGCAAGUGAUGUGAUCCAACAUAUUCAUUACUACAGAGCAUUCAUACUUGCUACUGUAGAUUACGUGCUUUGGUGUCCAAGAAAUUUUAGUUACGUGAAGCCUACAAUGCAAGGAACACCAUUCUGCAUCUUUUAAGACUAUUCUAUGUUCAUGUGAGUGUGUGGAAUAUAUGUCUGCCAAAAUCACUGGUUGUCUGUUGGGUUGAUAAAUUCAGUAUUGAAAAUUUUUUUUGACAUUUUAUUCCCUGAAUGUUAAAAAACUUACUAUUUAAUAUGUGCUCCCAUCUGGUAAGCUUACAUGAAAAAAAAAAUGUAUUGUCAUUUUCAUCAAUCACUCAGGCUGCCACUUUCAAAUUGCCAGUAAUGAGAUACAUCUGCAAAAGGCGAAGUUUUGUGUUUGAGGUGCUUAAGGGGUGUCUGUUGUGUACUUGGAUCAAUCAUGCCAGUUGUGAAAUUAUGCAGGGUGUCCCAGCUAACUUUAGCCAAGGUUUUGAAACAUGCUGGAGUACUCUAGGGGUACGCGACCAAAUGUGUGUUAGCCAUUCAUGGCAUGUGUCGAACAAUUUUCUUUUUGUAUUCUACGUAUUUGCAUAAUUUAGCAUAAUUUAUCCAACUUUGUAAUAACUCUAUGGCAAAAUAUCCAUUGGGAUAGUUCUAGAGUGUUCUUAGCAUCGAACUUCCCACUUGUUACAAAAUAAUUGUUUGUGCAUUCUAAAGAAAGCUUGCAAAAAUGUGUAAAGAAAGCUAGUGACAUGCCUACUUGUGUGCCAUCAUUGCAGUGCUUUCAAAUGUGCCGCAUCUGAAUGAACAAUACAUGUAGCCUGGUGUGCAACCUGUUCUGUGUGCCGCCAUCUUGAAUUGCACGAGGGAAACACAUCAGUGGCAUAAAUUGCGCAGCCAACCCUGCAUUGCUGCCCUGUUACUUUUUACAGGUUUAUUGGAAAAACACAAUUGCUUUUUGAAGCCUUACAUCAAGCAUGCACGCAUGCCCACGCCUUAGGACUACGGAAAAAAUUAUGCAAGUAGGAAGUUAAAAGGUGCUGAAUUAGAUGUUUCUUGCAAUGCUCUACACCUUCCUGAUGGCAGUUUGCCCUAAAGUUAGUAAUUUCGAAGCUGGUUAAUUAACCAUGACUAAUGCAAUUCUGCAGAAUGCCAAAAAUAGACUUGCUCCUGCAGUACUUGAGCAUAGUUUAAAACCUUAACGAAAUUUAGCUGGGACACCCUGUAUUUAUACCUGACCUUUCAGUGCCGGUGUACUUUAAAGGCUUAAAUUCAAACGUGCAUGAUUUACAGAGCCACUAUGGCAGGCACUGAGGAGAAACUGGUACCAUGAAUUGUUGGCACCAAAUACUUGCCUUCCUUGCACAGUACACACUUUUCAUGUACAACUACUUGAUACCAAAAAUGGAUUGUGUAAGAUGGUUGAGGUGAAGAAGUGGUUUGUGUCAAGUAGGAGUUUGUGAAAUAUAUCUGUGUUUUUCCCACA